AUGGCUUUCCACACUCGCUCUAACAGCUUCCCCUCUAGGCCACACCCGGUCCUUCAAGAAGUUGAUGAACUCUUGUGCAGAUUGAAAUCUUCUGAGUCCACCUCUGCAUCUUCAUCUUCAAUAAGCCACAAACUAAGUGGCCUCCAAGACUUGCACGAUUGUGUUGAUAGGUUGCUUCAGUUGCCCCUCACUCAGCAAGCCUUAGCACAAGAGCAGAAUGAGAAAUGGGCUAAUGAGCUACUAGAUGGCUCUCUCAGACUCUUGGAUGUUUCUAGCAGUGCUAAGGAUGCCAUCUUGCAAACUAAGGAAUGCGUACAGGAUCUUCAAUCGAUCAUAAGAAGGAGAGGAGGUGAAACUGGUCUCACAAGUGAGGUUAGGAAAUACUUAACCUCUAGGAAGAUGGUGAAAAAGGCAAUCCAAAAGGCUAUGAAGAAUCUCAAGGGAACCAAAAACAGAUCCACAUUUUCUUCCCUCAACAAUGACAAUGAGACAUUUUCCAUUGUUAGCAAGUUGAGAGAAGUUGAAGCAAUCACCCCCACAGUGUUUGAGUCACUUCUUUCCUUCAUAUCCGGGCCAAAAUCACAGCCCAGCAGCUGGUCACUAGUCUCCAAGAUGAUGCAGUCAAAGAAAGUGGCUUGUGAGGAAGCGACAGAAAUAAAUGAAUUUUCAGAGGUGGAUGCUGCGUUGAACUCACUCAUUAGACACAAGGCAAGCAAGCCUAGUGCUGAUGAUGCCCACAAUCAACUUGACCAACUGGAGUCAUGCAUUCAAGACCAAGAACAAGGACUUGAGUGCCUAUUUAGGCAAAUGAUCAAAACAAGAGUCUCCCUCCUCAACAUCCUAAACCACUAG